GAGAUAAAAUAAUAAAAACCCUUCGCUUUCUUAGCAAAUUGGUCUGGUCUCUUUGGUUCCUUGUUCUUUCUUCCUUCACUGUAGAAUCCGUCGACGAAACUAAAAGAGCUUCAAUGGCAGAAUGAGCAGAGUAAUCUGCGAUUUCUUCUUCUCGGAAGGAGAAGAUGGCUUUGGAGAAAGAAGAAGAAGCGUCCCAAAACGCACCGUUUUGUGUUCUUGAUGGGCUCUACUGCGAGGAAGAAACCGGGUUUGUGGAAGAUGAGGAUCUUGACGGAGAUUUAGAUUCCGAUGAGAGUGUCGCAGCAGCAAAGUUUCAGUUUUUACCUCUUUUGGAUAUGUUUUUAUGGGAUGACGAUGAGCUGAUGAGUCUGAUUUCAAAGGAGAACGAAACGAAUCCUUGUUUUGGUGACGAAAUCUUAGAUGGGUUUUGGGUUUCUUGUAGGAAAGAGGCUUUAGAUUGGUUUCUUAGGGUUAAAUCUCAUCACGGGUUCACUUCAUUGACUGCUAUACUUGCUGUGAACUACUUCGAUAGGUUUAUAACUACUAUUAAGCUUCAGUCUGAUAAUAAGCCUUGGAUGUCUCAGCUUGUUGCUGUGGCUUGUUUGUCUUUAGCUGCUAAAGUCGAAGAGAUUCGUGUUCCAUUGCUCUUUGACCUCCAAGUGGAGGAAGCAAGAUAUGUCUUUGAAGCUAAGACUAUACAAAGAAUGGAGCUUUUGGUUCUGUCUACUCUCCAAUGGAGAAUGCACCCUGUCACUCCAAUCUCUUUCUUUGAUCACUUUAUUAGGCGGUUUGGCUCUGAAUGUCACCAGCAAUUGGACUUUUUUGGCAAGUGUGAGCGUCUUCUGAUCUCUGUUGUUGCUGAUACGAGGUUUAUGAGUUACUUCCCUUCUGUGUUAGCUACUGCUAUAAUGAUUUAUGUCAUCAAGGAUUUGAAACCAUGUGACGAAGUUGAAUACCAAUCUCAAUUACUCACUCUACUCAAAGUUGAUCAGAAUAAAGUAAAUGAAUGCUAUGAACUGUUGUUGGAGCACAAUCCAAGCAAGAAGAGGAAGAUGAAUUGGCCUGAUCAAGACAGUCCAAGCGGUGUAUUUGACUUUGAUGACAGUUCAAAUGGCUCCUGAGUUGUCUCUACUUCUUCAGUGUCAUCAUCAUCAUCAUCAUCAUCUCCAGAGUCUCUGCUCAAGAGAAGGAGAGUGCAGGAGCAGCAGAUGAGGUUGCCUUCAAUAAACCGUAUGUUUCUCGAUGUACUCAGUAGUAGUCCUCGUUAGUACCUUUCUUUUGAUCAAAUGUGUCAAAACAUAAAUUUUAAUCUCUCUUUUGCGUAUCAUUAUCGGCUAUGGCUACAAUUUAAAAGGCAGAACAUUUUGUGAUAACUCUAAGCUCUGUCUUUUAAAUCUUAAUAUUCAUUCAUCAAUCUUAA